UCUUUUCUCCAUGUCCACAGCCACGCUUUCUGGUCCAGCCCCAGAAACCUGUCCAUGGAGGGCUGCCUGGAGAUGGAGGGGACCAACGGUUCAGAGGGUGGCUUGGAAUUCAACCCUAUGAAGGAUUACAUGAUCCUGAGCGAUGCCCAGAAGAUUGCUGUGGCAGUGCUGUGUACCCUGAUGGGCCUGCUGAGCGCCCUGGAGAACCUGGCCGUGCUCUAUCUUAUCCUGACCUCCCAGCGGCUCCGCAGGAAGCCCUCGUACCUGUUCAUUGGCAGCUUGGCCGGAGCCGACUUCCUGGCCAGCGUGAUCUUUGCCUGCAACUUCAUCAUUUUCCAUGUCUUCCACGGUGUUGAUUCCAAGGCUGUCUUCCUGCUGAAGAUCGGCAGUGUGACCAUGACCUUCACGGCUUCCGUGGGCAGCCUGCUGCUGACCGCCGUUGACCGAUACCUAUGUCUGUGCUACCCACCUACCUACAAAGCUCUGGUCACCCGUGGGAGGGCACUGGUGGCCCUCUGUGUCAUGUGGGUCCUCUCCGCAUUGAUCUCCUACCUGCCGCUCAUGGGAUGGACUUGUUGUCCUAGUCCCUGCUCUGAGCUUUUCCCGCUGAUCCCCAAUGACUACCUGCUGGGCUGGCUCCUGUUCGUGGCCAUCCUCUUCUCUGGCAUCAUCUACACCUAUGGGUAUGUUCUCUGGAAAGCCCACCAGCACGUAGCCAGCUUGGCCGAGCACCAGGAUGUGCAGGUGCCUGGGAUAGCUCGCAUGCGGCUAGACGUGAGGUUGGCCAAGACCCUGGGGCUGGUGCUGGCUGUUUUGCUCAUCUGCUGGUUCCCCGCACUGGCUCUCAUGGGCCAUAGCCUAGUCACCACGCUGAGCGACCAGGUCAAGGAGGCCUUCGCCUUCUGUUCCAUACUGUGCCUGGUUAAUUCUAUGGUCAACCCUGUCAUUUAUGCCCUUCGGAGUGGGGAGAUCCGCUCUGCCGCCCAGCACUGCCUGGGAGGCUGGAAGAAGUAUCUGCGGGGCCUCGGGUCCGAGGGGAAAGAAGACGGCCCGAGGUCCUCAGUUACAGAGACAGAGGCUGAUGUGAAAACUACCAUGGGGUCAGGGGCCAGAACUCCAGAUUGCUCCAAUUGCUGAUGGCACUUAUUUUCCUAUUGGAAACAGCCUGAGCCCAAAAUCAGCGCACCCUCUUGAGAAGGGUGAACGAAGCUGCAGCUCUGGGGUAAUGGAUACAGACCUCU